CGGGAGGGGAGCGUGCGGGCGUGCUGGGCUCCGCUCGCCUGGCCCCACCGCCCCGAGUUGUCGGGGUGUCUUCAGCGGGGGCCCUGUCCGGAGGGACGGUCUUGCCCUUCAUGGCGUCCUCUGGAAAGGGUGUCUCGGUUGCGACCUUUUUAAAAACACCUCGUUCCUCUUCUCUCUCUGAUCGCCAUGGCCCCGACUCUCCCUGGGACCUUCCCAGAGGAGCUCCUCCCUCCGCCGGGUCUCCUUCCUUCUCGCCGUCGCCUCUCUCUCCCUCCCCGCUUCCCCGGGAGGGUCCACUUGUACGUUAGGGGGCUUCCGCGGAGUCCGCGGCUCCUCCGCGGUGCCGGCUCUGGCCGCCAGAGGGCGCCGUCGGGGGCGGCGCAGUGCCGCCGAGGCCGCUCCUCUCCAGACCGAGCCUCGCCCGCUCCGCUCGCGCCGCCGGAAGUGGGAGGUGCGGUGCGCGGGCCGGCGCUCGACCCCUCCCCCGAGGCUCGGCCGCCCCCUCCCCCCGCUCCGCCCGCUCAGGUGCGUCCCGUCCCUCCCCCACUGCCUCCCGGGGGCGCGGCGCGGGAGAGCAUGAUGGCGGCGGCGUCUGAGGUAGCUGGUGUGGUGUCCAGUGCCCCCAAUCCUCCAGAAUCCUCCUCUAGUUUAUGUGCUUCCAAAUCAGACGAAGGUCUCCCAGAUGGUCUAAGCCCCAAAGACCCUGCACAGAAGCACAAGAACUCGCCUCUGUCGAGUGUAAGUAGCCAAACGAUAACCAAGGAGAAUAACAGAAAUGUCCAUUUGGAACACCCAGAGCAGAAUCCUGGUUCAUCAGCAGGUGACACUUCAGCAGCGCACCGGGCGGUUUUAGGAGAAAACUUGCUAGCCACAGCCCUUUGUCUUUCUGGCGGUGGGUCUCAGUCUGAUUUGAAGGACGUGGCCGACACAGCAGGAGAGGAGGGGGACACAUGCCUCCGGGAGAACCUCCAUCCUGUCACUCGGUCUCUUAAGGCAGGGGGCCAUACAAAGCAGCUUGCCUCCGGGAAUUGUUCUGAAGAGAAAUCCCCACCAGCCUCCAUCCUAAAGGAAGGUAGCAGGGACACAGGCUUGGAUUUCCGACCUGUGGUGCCUCCAGCAAAUGGGGUUGAAGGAGUCAGAGUGGAUGAGGAUGAUCAGGAUAGCUCUGCCCUGAAGCUUUCUCAGAACAUUGCUGUACAGACUGACUUUAAGACGGCCGAUUCAGAGGUAAACACGGAUCAAGAUAUUGAAAAGAAUCUGGACAAAAUGAUGACAGAGAGAACACUGUUGAAGGAGCGUUACCAGGAGGUCCUGGACAAGCAGAGGCAAGUGGAGAAUCAGCUCCAAGUGCAAUUAAAGCAGCUCCAGCAAAGGAGAGAAGAAGAAAUGAAGAAUCACCAGGAGAUACUAAAAGCUAUCCAGGAUGUAACAAUAAAGCGAGAAGAAACAAAGAAGAAGAUAGAGAAAGAAAAGAAGGAGUUUUUGCAGAAGGAGCAGGAUCUGAAAGCUGAAAUCGAGAAGCUUUGUGAGAAGGGCAGAAGAGAAGUGUGGGAAAUGGAACUGGAUAGACUCAAGAAUCAGGAUGGCGAAAUAAAUCGGAACAUUAUGGAAGAGACAGAGCGGGCCUGGAAGGCAGAGAUCUUAUCACUAGAGAGUCGGAAGGAGUUGCUGGUAUUGAAACUAGAAGAAGCAGAAAAAGAGGCAGAAUUGCACCUUACUUACCUUAAGUCAACCCCCCCAACACUAGAGACAGUUCGUUCCAAACAGGAGUGGGAGACAAGGCUGAACGGAGUUCGGAUGAUGAAAAAGAAUGUUCGGGACCAGUUUAACAGUCAUAUCCAGUUGGUGAGGAACGGAGCCAAGCUGAGCAGCCUUCCUCAAAUCCCUACGCCCACUUUGCCUCCACCCCCAUCAGAGACAGACUUCAUGCUUCAGGUGUUUCAGCCGAAUCCGUCUCUGCCUCCUCGGAUGCCCUUCUCCAUUGGGCAGGUCACAGUGCCCAUGGUUAUGCCCAGCGCAGAUCCCCGCUCCUUGUCUUUCCCAAUCCUAAACCCUGCCCUUACCCAGCCCAGCCAGCCUUCCCCACCCCUUCCUGGCUCCCAUGGGAGAAGUAGCCCUGGCUUGGGUUCCCUCGUUGGCCCCCACGGUCCACACAUGCCCCCUGCUGCCUCCAUCCCGCCUCCCCCAGGCUUGGGUGGUGUUAAGGCUUCUACUGAAACUCCCCGGCCCCAACCAGUAGACAAACUGGAGAAGAUCCUGGAGAAGCUACUGACUCGCUUCCCCCAAUGCAACAAGGCCCAGAUGACCAACAUUCUUCAGCAAAUCAAGACCGCACGGACCACCAUGGCAGGCCUGACCAUGGAGGAACUGAUCCAGUUGGUAGCAGCCCGCCUGGCCGAACACGAGCGGGUGGCAGCCAGUACUCAGCCCCUCGGUCGGAUCCGGGCCUUGUUCCCUGCUCCGCUGACCCAAAUCAGUACCCCAAUGUUCUUGCCUUCUGCCCAAGUUUCGUAUCCUGGAAGGUCUUCACAUGCUCCAGCCACCUGUAAGCUGUGUCUAAUGUGCCAGAAGCUUGUCCAGCCCAGCGAGCUGCACCCAAUGGCUUGUACCCAUGUGCUACACAAGGAGUGUAUCAAAUUCUGGGCCCAGACCAACACAAAUGACACUUGUCCCUUUUGUCCAACUCUUAAAUGACGGACCUGACUGGGGAGGAAGAAGAGGAGAAACUGAUGUGAACAGGAAGCGCGGGUUCAAGAUUUCUAAAACUCUAUAUUUAUACAGUGACCUAUACUCAUGCCAUGUACAUUUUUAUUAUAUAGGUAAUGUGUGUAUAGAAAGUCUGUAUUCAAAUGUUCGUAAAUGAAAGUAUGUAUAUUAUGCAGAAAUGGUCUCUCCCCCUCCCCUUGCAGUUCCUUCGAGGGAUGCAGAUUUAGCUGAUGUUUAGUUUGCCCUUGAAAUUACGAUAUUCUUGCCUAGGGCUGUUUUCAAGUACAAUAUAAAAACCAUCUAGGAAGCUGCUGUUGCUCUAAGGCCAUCCUGCUUUGAUUUGGCUCAGCCUCUAGUUCAUUUUCUUAAGGCUCAUGUAUGCAGAUUUGAACCCUGGUGCUCACCUGCUGUCCAACCAGAUGCCUUGCUUACCGAAAGCCCACGGAAGCCCCAGUGUUGUUCUAGCCACUCAACGCCAAAUGGAUAAAAUGAGACCGAUGGAGAAAAAAAAAUGUAACCCUAAUAGUUUGAAUUUCCAUUGAA